CCCACGUAUGGACAUAACUAACUGAAACUCUGACUUUAACAAUGGAUAAGAUGUGGAUGUUUUAUUCAUCAGUCAUCCUAUUGUCUGUCAUACAGAUACAACAUGUUUUGGCUACAGGAUGUGAUAUUGUGUCAGUGACAUCUUCUUCAGCAUCAACCCUGAAAAUAGUAUGGAGCAGCUUCAGUGGAGCUACAGUUUAUUCACUGAAAUUGAGAGUUGUGAACUCUACCAGUAUCGCCCCAGUGGUUGUGAAACAGACAAUACCAAGCACACAGAGGCUAGUUCAGGGGUUAAGACCGGGACUUUCCUAUGAAGUCAAACUGACAGUCUUACAUUUUACCACUGUCCUGUGCACAGAUGUUGAAAUAACCAUGACAGUGCCUGCCACAUCUCAGAUCACCUUUGCCAAAGCUAUUUCGAGUACAUCUAUAAGGUUUGAGUGGUCCAGCGUGAUAGGGGCGGACAACUACAUCUUGUUUGUGGAGGAGUUGUUUAGUUCCCCCCUAGUACAAUACAACCAGACCUUCACAACCCUUGGUGGACAAGUGGACGGCCUGACCCCCUCUAGGACUUACAACUGUUACAUUUACUCCUCCAACAGCGCUGGGAGGGGCGCCAAAAGUAAUACAAAGACAAUCACGAUGUUGGUGCAGCCACCAACUGGUGUGACUCUUGUACAGACGGGAAAGAGCACAGCCCGAGUGACGUGGAACCCAGUCAAUAAAGUCCUGCUUUAUCAAGUGGCUGUGUUUGACAGCGACCCCAGCAACCCCCCGGUCAUCAGAAACACUUCAACCACAUCCAUGGAUAUCAGUAAUCUGGAGCCUUGUUCCAUGUACACGGUGGGAGUAUCAUCAGUCAAUGUCUUCUUAGUACCUGGGGAGGCCGCAAAUGUUUUUCACAAUACGUCCACCAUAAACCCGGUGAAGACCAUCUCUGUGGACUACAGCUGCUCCAGCGGGUUGGUGACAGUAACUUGGGAUUUGGUGUUUGGGGCCAACUUGUACAGGGCCACCGCUGUUGAUGGCACCGGCGCGUCCCUUAACUGUACAUCAGCCUCCACCAGCUGCCAGAUUCCCAUGCUCAAAUGUGGUGAGAAGUAUGUGGUCCAUGUCACAGCCUUCUCUGACGACUGUGAGAGCAUUUCCAACACCUCCAGCUUGUUCGAGACAGUACCCUGUGCUCCAGCUAAUCCUAGCACUAUUCAUGACUGCUCCAGCAAUGUGAUUGUCUUUGGCUGGCAGGCCACCAAUAACACCCUGUACUAUAUCGCAACGGCUGUGGACAACACUGGCAAAGCAACUGAGUGCCGGACGCAAGACAACAUGUGUUUCUUUACUAAUACGGGCUGUGGUCAGUUCUAUAAGUACACUGUGUACGCCGUCAGCUCUGAAUGUAACAGCGAAGUGACCCAUCCGGAGUUCGUCCGGACUUCUCCUUGUCUACCAACAAACAUCAAGACAGCAGCUGAAUGUCACUCUGAAACGCUGAUCACAACCUGGGACUCUGCUGCUGGAGCUCUUUCCUACACUGUAGAAGCACAGGGGAACACUGCAGACACAUACAAUUGCACCUCCUCCACCAACAGCUGUGCAGUGGCCGGAGUGCCGUGUGGUGAACACCUCAGUGUGUGGAUCAUCGCCUCCAAUGACAACUGCUCUACUGAGAAGGUGCUGGGAGAAGCUGCUCAGACUGUUCCCUGUACCCCCACCAAUCUCUCAGUGUCAGUCGACUGCAGCCAAGAUUCUGCAAGAUUUAACUGGACGACAAGCAUCGGUGCUAUAUUCUACAUAGCGGUGGCUGAGGAUGCAAAUGGAAAUAUACACAGCUGCAAUUCAAUGGGGACUAACUGCUUGAUUGAAGGCCUGAGAUGUGGACACAAUUAUACUGGCAGCAUUAUUGGCACCAAUCUAAAGUGCAACAGCACCGCCAGUGAGGAGGUCACAUUUAUGACAGCUCCUUGUCCCCCAACAGACAUUGAGGCAUAUAGAGACUGCAACGCCAACCAUGCUCUGAUAGUCUGGCAGAACCAUAAGCCCACAGGCCUCUACACAGCAGUCAUUGAGGAUCAGAGCGGGGCUCAGCUCAACUGCACCAGCAGCACAGUCAACAACUGUAAAAUCCCCUCUCUGCCCUGUGGAAAGAGAUACAACGUCACUGUCAGCUACCAUGAUGGAAACUGUCCGUCCACUUCAGCACCUAUCAGCAUGGACUCAGUGCCAUGUGGUCCUGAGGAUGUGAUGGCCAGUGUGGCCUGCGUUACCGGUGAGCUGAAAGUCACCUGGAACAUCUCAGUUCCCGCAGAGAACUACACCACCAUUAUCUCCAGAGGAAUAGGUCAGCCGCUGCACUGUAACUCUACAGAGACACUGUGCACCACGGGAGGGCUGUUGUGUGGAAGCUCCUACAUAGUGACGGUCUUGUCCGUCACCGGGACGUGCUUCAGUCUGCCGAGCACAGAGGUCACAGUGCAAACAUUGCCAUGUCCUCCCACAAACGUCACAGUCACACACACAUGUGCGCCAGGUUCUGUUCCUGUGUCAUGGGUGGCCAGUGACAGUGCCAUAUACUACACUGCUGUCGCUGUGAGUGGCGGGGGUCACAGGUCAGAGUGCACGACCAACACAACUACCUGCAGCCUCCCUGGACUCCAGUGUGGGGAGGUGUACACCAUUGGUGUUUCAGGAGGUGAUGACAACUGUACAGGUCAACUGAGUGACACGGUCUCUUUGAACAGAGAGCCAUGUUCUCCUACUAAUGUGUCCAGCCAGCUGGUCUGUAGCGCUGGCAUUGCUCACGUGUCCUGGGCUCCCAGUGCAAAUGCAGUGAAAUACGCUAUGAAAGCCACCAGCAAUGAACAGAUCCUCAGCUGCACCAGCUCCACCCCCAACUGCACGCUGACUGACCUGGUCUGUGGCCAGCUGUAUGACAUUGUUGUGACUUCAACUGAUGGCACCUGUGUCAGCGGCUACAGUGCCGCCUUCAGACAAGACGAAGUACCAUGCGCUCCAGAGAAUGUCACUACGAACCUGUUAUGUGGCACCAGUGACAUGACAGUCAGCUGGAUCCCCAAUGCUCUGCCCUUCAACUACAGUGUCAUUGCUGUGCCACUGGCUGGAAAUAUUAGUUCAGUCACCUGCAAAACUAGCCAUGCCAACUGCAGUCUAAGUGGUCUCCAGUGUGGACAGACUUAUAAUGUCUCCGUCAAAGCUUCCUCUGGCAGCUGCAGUGGACCAUAUAGCCACCCACAGAUUGUUCAGACAGCAUCCUGCUCCCCUCAGAGCUUAACAGCAGUGACAGACUGUGGCACAAACUCUCUCCUGGCCUCCUGGAACGCAGCUCCUGGUGCUACCUCCUACACAGCAACAGUGACGGGCCCCAAUGGCUUCUCUGAAACCUGCUUCUCAUCAAACCUCACAUGCUCUUUCUCCAGCCUGCAGUGUGCCAGUCAGUACAACAUUACAGUGACAUCCCAGGACAGCAACUGUACCAGCUCUCCCAGUCAAACUGUUCUGACGACAGGACCAUGUGACCCUGUCAAUGUGACCAGUAUCUACCAGUGUGGUUCAGACAAGGCGACAGUCUCCUGGGAAGCUGCUGCCGGGGCCGUGGCCUACACUGUGCACGCUCAAGAGGGCAGCUCUCAGCAUUAUUCUUCCUGUAGGAGCAAUACAACAUCCUGUCAGCUGAACCAGCUGCAGUGUGGGAAAGUUUACAACCUGACUGUGAUGGCUGAGGAUGCCACCUGCAACAGCACUGGAGACAUCAGUACAACCCUAAUGACAGCUCCUUGCUCUCCCUCUGUCCAGAACAGCACUCUGAUCUGUGGCACCAAUUCUUCCUCUCUGUCAUGGAUGGCAAUGGCGGACGCCACAGGUUACAUAGUUAAUGCAACGGCAACAAAUGGGCACACAGUUUCAUGCAGCUCAGCUGCUGCUACGUGCAUCCUAACAGAUCUCCUGUGUAGUGAAACCUACAUGACCACAGUCACUGCACAGGGAAGCCAGUGUGACAGUGCACCAAGCUCCAGCACCAACAUUACCACAUCCCCCUGUGCUCCAGCUAACAUAUCUAAGCAAUAUGUGUGUGGCACCAGCACAGCAGUGUUCAGUUGGACUGACCCUUUGGGACGCCUCAGCUUCUUGGCUCAGGUUGCAGGAGAAGGGUAUCAGGAUAGCUGCCAGACUACAAAUACCAGCUGUGCGUUCCAAAGUCUCCCUUGUGGUUUGGGUUUAAAUGUAACAGUCGAGGCUCAGGGGGCACAGUGCAACAGCAUCCCAAGUGUCAGCGAAUCUCUUGAAACAGUCCCGUGUGCCCCGACUAAUGUCAGCGCCAUCCUGGUUUGUCUCAAUCACUCAGCCCUGGUCUCAUGGGUGGGAAGCCCCAGUGCUAUAGGAUUCAAUGUGACACUGACAGGCCAGGAUGGACACACACACCACUGCCAAACCAACACCACCAGCUGUCAGCUACCUGACAUCCACUGUGGUGAAACCUAUGACAUCGUGGUGACACCGUACUCUGAGACAUGUGCAGGACAUCCAAGUGCACUUUACGUCUUUAGAGCAGGUCUUUGUGCUCCCAGUAAUGUCACUGUGUCUCCAGAGUGUGAGGACAGCAUUGUCUCUUGGUCUAAUGUAACAGGGGCUGAGAUGUUCAUAGCAACAGCAACUGCAGGAGAUGGCCACACUCACACUUGCAGCUCGAACUAUUCCAACUCGUGCAAUUUCACUGACCUCCACUGUGGGGAAACCUACGCUGUUACUGUUGUUACUGUGGACAGGGGCUGCUGGAGUGAACCAAGCUCAGCCAUGGAGCUGAGAACAGCUUUGUGUCCACCUACUAACUUGACUGGUCAAGUCAGUUGUGAUACCAACGUUUUGACCCUGACGUGGGACCUGAGUCCAGUGUCGGGGGCCACCUACUCUUUACAAACUGAGUGGAUAGGAGGUGCACUCACUCCUUCAUUGAACAAUACCUCUAAUACCUCGCACACACUUACCAAUAUGCUGUGUGGACAGAGAUAUGCUUUCCGCAUUGCAGCACAGGAUGGAAACUGCCUCAGCAGCUACAGUCUGCCCAUAGAAAUAAGCACAGUCCCAUGUCUGCCAACCAACUUCACUGCUCAUGUGGACUGUGGAACAAACAAAGGGAAUUUCUCCUGGGCCGGGACGAGCGGAGCUGAUUUUUACACUGUUGAGGUCACAGGAGGGCAUGGCCACAUAGCGUCCUGUUCCUCCAGUGACACCUCCUGCGCUACAAAACUUCACUGUGGCCGGACAUACUCCGCUACACUGGUGGCUUCCACAGAAAGCUGCAACAGCAGCAAACAUGCUGACAUUAGUUUUGAUUCUGCUCCCUGUCUCCCAGAAGACGUCUUAGCCGAGUUGCAGUGUAACACCAACGUGAUGAAUGUGAGUUGGACACAGACCCCCGGCUCAGAUGAUUACACUGCCUGGGCCAUCAGUACAGAUGGACACAGGGCCUCCUGCAACUCAACCUCCAACUCCUGCUGCAUUCAUGAUCUGCAGUGUGGCAAAGUCUACGAGGUGGCCGUCACCUCCUCCUCCCUUCACUGUGACAUUAUUGCUGGCUCCGACUACAAGGUCCAGUCUGCUCCCUGUAAACCCGAGAACACCUCAGUCGACCAGAACUGUAGCAGCAAUGUCCUGACAGUGAAGUGGAAGCAGAGCAGCACAGAACAGAACUACACUGUUCAAGCCACGUCUGAUUCAGGGGUUAACACCACCUGUGACUCCACUGAGAGCAGCUGCUCCUUCCUGGACCUGAGCUGUGGUCAACUCUACACUUUCACUGUGAUGGGACACUCUAAUGUGUGCAUGAGCGAGAUGAGCAGCCCUAUAGAGAAGCUCACUGCCCCAUGUCCUCCCAACAAUGUGUCAGCUGAACUGAACUGUACUACUGGUGAAGCUCUGGCCAGCUGGAGUACUGCUGCUGCAGCCGUAGGCUACAGUGUCCAGGCCACCUCCAACAGUGGACACAACUCCUCCUGCAGUGAGAUGGGCACAUCCUGUUACCUCAGUAACCUGGUCUGUGGACAGGAAUACUCUGUCGUUGUGGAGGCAAUUGAUACCGGCUGUCCUGGCCCGGCCAGUACCCCUGCGAUGUUCAUUACAGAGCCCUGUGCCCCCAUGAAUCUCUCUGUCCACUACAAUGUCGGCUCUGCCCAGGUGAUGUGGGGGGCUGCAAGAGGUGCCAGCUCAUACUCUGUCGAGGGUGUGACUGACCAGGGCUCGGCGGUCACAUGUAACACCACCAACACCAACUGCUCCCUGAAUGGCCUGCAGUGUAGUCAGACCUACAACAUCACUGUGAUGGCACACAACAUGGACUGUGACAGUGUGAUCUCUGAAACCUAUCACCUCAUGACAGAACCCUGCCCACCCACCAACGUUCAAGCCAAUAUUGCGUGUGAGCAACUUACCGCAACUGUUUCUUGGCAGCAGAGCGACCUGGCUGUGGGUUAUGUCGCCUACUUUGAGAACGAGAUUGGACACAACACUUCUUGCGUUGGCACGGAUGCAGAUACCUCCUGUGAUGUCUCAGGACUGAUGUGUGGUACAGUGUACAGCGUCUGGGUCAAGGCCUUGGGACAGCAGUAUAACAGCUCUGACAGCAUAGGGGUCUCUAUUACACCAGGACCUUGCCAGACGAGUGGCAUCGAGGCCGUUUUGGACUGUGAGAUCAACUCUGCUACCGUUUCUUGGCAGCCCAGUGUCGGAGCCAUGUCCUAUGUUACUGAGCUUACAGCUUCGUCAGGCCACACCGCCAGCUGCACCACCAAUUACACCAACUGUGAGCUGAUCUCUCUGCGGUGCGGAGAGGAAUACAACAUCACUGUGAAGGCUCUGGGAUAUACUUGCAACACUACUGCUCAAAUGGCAGGAUACCUCACCACAGAGCCCUGUGCCCCCAUGAAUCUCUCUGUCCACUACAAUGUGAGCACUGCCGAGGUGAUGUGGGGGGCGGCAAGAGGUGUGAGCUCAUACUUUGUCCAGGCUGUGACUGACGAGGGCUUGACAGUCACCUGUAACACCACCAACGCCAGCUGUUCCCUGAAUGGCCUGCAGUGUAGUCAGAUCUACAAUGUCACUCUGAUGGCACAAAACUUGGUCUGCAACAACACUGUGACUUCUGAACCCUACAGCCUUAUGACAGAACCUUGCCCACCCACCAACAUUCAAGCCAGUAUGGCGUGUGAACAACUUACUGCGACAGUUUCCUGGCAGCAGAGCAACCUGGCUGUGGGUUAUGUCGCCUACUUUGAGAACGAGAUUGGACACAACACUUCUUGCGUUGGCACGGAUGCAGAUACCUCCUGUGAUGUCUCAGGACUGAUGUGUGGUACAGUGUACAGCGUCUGGGUCAAGGCCUUGGGACAGCUGUAUAACAGCUCUGACAGCACAGUGAUCUCUCUUACAUCAGCUCCAUGUCUGCCGAGAGAGUUAGAGGUAGAUGUUGACUGUAACUCUGAUGGUGCCGCCAUUGUGUCCUGGAAUGCUACUUAUGGCACAGCAAACUUUUUGCUGUCAGCCAUUGUCAGCGGAAGUCUUCAGACUUUGUGUGCAACUCAGCAGAACAGCUGUAAUGUGACAGAUUUAAGUUGUGGAGAAACCUACAACCUUAGCCUCACCGCCAGCAACCAGCAGUGCAACCUCACAGCGCCGAUUCAUGCCAACCUCACCACACGUCCUUGUCCUCCUCAGCAUGUAGCUGUUGACCUGCAGUGUGGCUCCCGCACUGCAGUCCUGUCCUGGGAGAAGAGGUCUGAUGUUGAAGUGUACAAAGCAAGUGCUAUCAAGACUUCCGGAGGGGAGGUGCAGAGGUGUAACUCUACAAACUCUACCUGUCAGUUUUCCGGGCUGGACUGUGGAGAGACCUACAACUUUACUGUAACAACACACAGUCAAGGCUGCACUAGCCAGGCCAGCAGCACCGUGUGCAUCCAAACAGAGCCUUGCCAGCCUGUGAUUGUGUCUGCUCAGGCGCUCUGCAACAGUUCUGGUGUCCAGAUCUCCUGGCACCAAGCAAGUGGUGUUGUGAAUUACUUAGUAACAGCCAGAGGGAGCCUUGGAUAUGUGGAGAUACACAAUACAACCCAGACCCUUCUGUCUGCUGCUUUACCAUGUGGACAGGACUACAAUGUCACUAUACAAGGACAAGGCAGCGAGUGUGACAGCAUCCCCAGCAGCCCUGCCUUCUUUAAAACCACUCCGUGUAUACCCCGCGAUGUCACAACCUAUGUGCAGUGUGAGUUUAACAUGGGCUCCGUCAGCUGGGGACCCACUGAUGGCGCCGAUACUUAUGUUGCCGUGGCAACUGGGCUUGAUGGCCACACCCACCUUUGUCUCACCAACACCACCUCCUGCACCUGGAACGACCUGCACUGUGGAGAGGAGUACAAUGUUGUAGUGAGAGCAAAGGAUGACAACUGCACCAGCCUGCCCAGCAACAGCUCUUUCAUCCAUAUGAAUCCCUGCGUGCCCCAGCAUUUGUCUGCCUCUGUGAAUUGCAAUAUGAAAGUUGUGUCUCUGAGCUGGAAUGCCAGUAAUGGGACAAAGCUGUACAUGGUAUCAGCUGAGGCAGGAAACAAAACAACUGCGCUCACCACUAAUGUCACCACAGCCCACUUCUCUGACUUCACCUGUGGACAGAACUACAACCUUACAGUGACAUCUCACAGCCAGCACUGUCCUGGCAAUCCCAGCACACCAGCCUCCAUACAGACAUGGCCAUGUCCACCCGCAGGAAUCUCUACCAUGCAGGACUGUCUCUCUGGCAUCGUCAUGGUAACCUGGCAGGCCAGUAAUGGGUCAGACUACUACACAGCCACCAUGCAAACUGACUCUGGCAUCUCAAACUUGUGCAUGUCUGACUCUAAUGAAUGCAGCGUCCCCGGCCUGACCUGUGGGAACAACUUCACUGUGUCGGUCACAGCCUCCAACCAGCAGUGUAACAUCACCUCCACUCAAACCACCAGUCUGCAGUCAGUGCCUUGUGUUCCCACUAAUGUCUUAGUGGGGAUGGACUGUACCAACAACACCGCUCUUGUGUCGUGGUCUGCCAGUCUGGGCGCUGUACAAUACUUAGUGACGGCCCACAGUAGCCAUAGCAACGUCAGCUGCCAGACUUCUGACCUCAACUGCAGCCUUGACAACCUUGCAUGUGGUAACCUCUACACUGUUCAGGUAGUGGCUAUGGAUGACAACUGCUCUAGUGUCCCCAGCGAGGGUUUGAUAUUAAACUCAGCCCCAUGCCUGCCUCAGAACGUGAGUGCCGACGUGAGUUGCUCAUCAAACUACAUGGAGAUCUCUUGGGAUGCCAUCAGAGAAGCAGACCACUUUUUGGUUUCAGUGACUGCGGACAAUGGAGGAAUGAUCGACUCAUGCAACACCACAAACACCACAUGUUCCAUCAGCAAUGUAACCUGUGGAGACACAUUAAGGGUUCAAGUCACCUCCGUCAGAGGCACCUGUCGCAACCAGCACAGUCUGACCCACAGCACCAUGUCAGCUCCCUGCCAGCCCCAGGGAGUCAGAGGCAACAUUGACUGUGUGACCAACUCUGCCUGGAUAUCAUGGGAUGCUGCUGCGGGGGCGGACAGCUACACUGUGAUAGCUGUAGGCGGAAAGGACUAUACAGCCAACUGCACCACCUCCUCCAACACUACCUGUGAGGUGGAAGACCUGGCAUGUGGCGUACUAUAUAACUUCAGCGUUAUUGCUAAAAACAGCAAGUGUGAGAGUCAGCCUAGUGCCAUCAUUGACUUGGGGACAGCCCCCUGCUCGCUCCCUGCUAUCACAGCGGAUGCUCAGUGCCACAAUUCCUCUAUACUCGUCAUGUGGGAUCUGAUGGAGGGCAGCGACGGCAACACUGUGUACACAGCCACAGCAGAAGCCGCAGACCAUACCUACCUAUCCUGCAACAACACUGGCACUAGUUGCUACCUCCAUGAAGCUCGAUGUGAUCUCCAUUACACUAUCAUUGUAGCUGGUUCAUCAGACCAGUGCAGCAGUAUGAGAAGCCCACCAUACAAAAUAAGCAUGGAGCCUUGUCCACCCACAAACGUGUCGGUUGACAUCUCCUGCGAGAACCGUAGUGCGCUGGUGUCCUGGAGCCCCUCUCCUGUCGCUGAAAGCUACCAUGUUGUUGCUACAGCUGCAGACGGACACACACAUACCUGCAACACCACCUCUAAUAACUGCAACGUAACAGAACUCCACUGUGACGAGCAGUAUACAGUCUUUGUGACGGCCAGCCACGAGAACUGCACCAGCAAGGCCAGUCAAAAUGUCACAGUCAACACAGGUCCCUGCCAACCUGAGGAUCUCUCAGUUACAUACCACUGUGACAAUCAGUCCGCACUGCUGUCAUGGACGGCCAGCGAUAACGCCGGACACUACUAUGGCUGUGCCCAGGCUGGAAAUGGAGACAUGCUGUACUGUCAGAGCACAAAUCCCACCUGUAGUAUCCAGGGUCUUGAUUGUGGAACAGCUUACACUUUCUCUGUCCAAGCAUCAGAUGGGACAUGCAACAGCUCCUUCAGUGACACAGUUCAGAGUGUAGCAGCUCCCUGUCCUCCAGACGCUGUUGAAGUGCAGCUAAUGCCGGUGCAGGCAGAUGUCCAGACGAUGCGCUUCAACUGGACAGAGGUCAUCUGUAAUGACACAGAGUACUUGCUGACGUUAACAGGAAGCCUGCUGGGAGACAGCCAGGCCCAGUUUGAGGUCUCUUCUUAUUGGACGAGCGUGACAUACUUUGAGAUUCCUCUCCCCUGCGGUUCAGACUAUAUUGCUACAGUUCAGAGCAGGACUGCUGCCAGUACCAGCGAGCCAUCUGUGCCUCUCAAUGGAACAACAGCUCCUUGCCCACCAUCAGGAGUGGUGUACAGUGGUAACAGCUCCUUUGCCACAGUUUCGUGGAACUCCUCUGCGUAUGCCACCACAUACACAGUGUACGACAACAGUGUUAUGCCAAAAAUUGAGCUAUGCAACACUGCAGGGCUGUCUUGCUCUCUGUCCAACAUCAGUUCUACUGACCUGGUGAUCACAGCCAGCAACACGGCUGGAGAGAGUGAAACAGCAAAUGUCGCAAUUGUGGAAACACAAAAUCGGAGGAGGAGAGAUCUCAGUGAACAAAUGCCAGAUGAUGGAAUCCUCUCAGCUCCCAUGGUGGAUAUCACAGAAGCGACGUCAACGGUUAUUUUGGCUGAGUGGUCUCAAGUACGUGCCGCUUCCCAUUACAGCCUGUUCAUCAGGAAGCAAGGGGGCUCCAGUGAGGCAAUGGAAUAUACAGUGUAUGGCGAGAGCAUCAUUCUCACCGAUCUGAGCCCCAACUCGAUCUACUGUAUCUCUGUGGAAGCCUGGAACUCAGCCACCAGUGGGCCAGAGUCAGAGCCUGUGUGUGUGCAAACAGGACAGGGGCUUCCCCAAUAGGAAAACACUUCUGUAGACAGAGAUAGAGCUAUAUCUUUUGUCUGCUGUUGGUUGAGGUUAUAUAUUUUAUAUCUGGGGCUAUGGUCCUCCUUCUUAAAUUUUAUUCACUUAUGUAAAUGAUAUAUUAGUCAUAAGAGGAAGCGCUUCCACUUACGUCCAGUACUUACAUACAUUUAUGCAUAUUUAAUACUGAAGUAAUUUUCAGGCUACAUUCUAAUAAAACUAUUAAAACCA